CGCGAUGCCCCCCGCCGACGACCUCACACCACAGAGCGCACACCUCCUCCUCGCCUCCCUGCGCAACCUCAGGACAUCCCUCACACACACCCUCGACCGCCUCGACGCCACCAUCCUCCGUGUCCACGCAAGGGCAGCCUUGUCCACCCUCCCACAACAGGCGGCACUCGGCACUCCGGGUCGUGCGCCCGCAACUGCCCCGCACGCUGCAGGAAAUGGCCCGGGAGAACAGCCCGUGGAAACGCGCCUGCAGGCUGAUCCAUGGGUUCUCAGGGCGCAGACAGUGGAAAAUCGGAUCAUGAGGCUGAGACAGACCGCUAGAGAGCUUCGUGAGCGUGCUGAAGCCAGUGACGGACGUGCACUGCCGGCUGUUCUUGGUCAGGAGCCUGCAGAUAGGAUUCCCGAGAGUGCGAAUAACGAUAAUGUCAGUGGUGGCCAAGCCAUGUUGACAUUCAUCGACUCUAUCAGGCAAGAUCAGGCUCAGAUCGAAAAUGGGAUGCGACGCCUUGACGCUCUCAGCACGCACCUGGUUUCUCAGAGGCCCAACUUGAGCAGCGCUGCAGCAAAUAACAGCAGCAACGUUUCCAGCCGUCAGACGAGCAACAUUGUCCGUCAGAGUACACCAAGGCCCUAUAAUCGUCCGCGUGGUUUAGCGCCCACGAACAGUCGCUCUGCCUACCCUGAUCCCGAAAGGGUAGCCUCCAAUAAUGUCAGUCCUCGUCGCGCAUCAUCCCCUGCGUCGACCAUUCGUGCAUCUGACCAGAAUCAUCUUGGGUCUGGAGGUGCAGGGCGCAAUACUGGCUCUCGGGAACACAAUCCUCUAUCGGAGAUUGUCUCGGAUGUACAGCGAGAGAGCAGUGCGAUGGACAGUCCAUCUUCAGAAACAUUUGACCCGCUCGGAGAUGGUCCUUCAACCAGAGGUGUAACAGCUCUUCCUAGGGAUUCGGAUAACCGCGAAUUUGAUUUCCGUUCUCUAUUCGAUUCCCCUCUAGGAUCUCCAAUCCCCUUUGUCGGCGGUUCGUCCUCGAGUGUCCGCAUAAGAGACGUUAAUAACGGCGGCAAUGCUGCAGAUGACAGCCUGACACGCCGUGGACGCACGGUCCAUCAGCGUAUGAACAAUUCUCAACCUCAGCGUCAGCCCCAAUUACCUCGGCCUGGUAUCCUUCCCGAUAUGCGUGAGCUUCGCCGAUUUAACGAAAUAACUCGGCAGUCGAAUUUUCGUUCGGCGCCCGAACGUUUUACCUUGUUUUUCGAUGAGAUUCGUCCCGAGCAUCUGGAAAGAACACACUCUCCCCCCGAUAGAAGAGUAGAGGAUCAGCAGGGGCCAUUGAGGGCAGAAUCGCACGCAGCAGCUUCAAGCUCAGUCACGGACGAUGUCGAUUCAUCUCGUCAUGAUAAUGCAAGAUCAGCCCUUGCUGAGAGGACGGGGGCUCAACCGCCAGGUCUCGACGCCACACCAUCAUCGCUUUUUAAUCAAUACACUUUGCCGCCCCGAAAUACUCGGAAUCAGGAUGACACUGCGUUUGAAGAACGCAUGGAGCGUAUUAGAAAUGCCAGGGCAAGUCUGAGGCAGGUUAAUCAAUUAAGGCGGGAUAUGCGUACUGUGCGAGGUGGUGCUCCACCGGCUCCGGGGAUGGGCACCGCAGAAUCGCCCGUUGCGUCAGUCGAUACCACUGUCUCAAGUGGAAUUCGGGCGCCUCUCACGCGAGAUUCGGAUGUAGAUCAGGAUCCUCGACGUAGAGAUGGUACAGCAAGUAGCCCGCGUACCCGACUGGCGCCAACUGUCAAUAAUACGCUUCAGCUUGAUCCCACCGAUCCGACUGACCCCUGGAACACUGAUACCUCGUUCCAGGGUGCGAUGGAAACGCUUCAUAAUGCUCUAGCAGGCGAAUUAGAGCGUAGACAUUGGGUUAUUCAGUCAGAGACUGUUGACAGCAAUGACAGGGAGCGGCGUCAGCACCACGAUUUGGGUGACGACGGUAUAGGUCUGGAUGUGUUCGUUUUCGAAGUGGGAGCGACAGAACGGGGGUCCACUCCUGAACGAGAGGCGGCCGUCGCAGAUGUAAGAAGAAGUGGAGGGGAUUCGAUGGUCGGGGAGAGUGAAAGAAGGGAUGAAGAGCUGCUGGAAGGCAAUGUGGAUGAGGAACACGAAGAAGAUCAAGACGAAGAACAAGACUCUAGGACCCGACGGGAUAUGGGGCUUUCAAACCGUAGGGUGUCGAUGAAAGAGUGUUAUCAAGUAAACCUCCAUCUGUGGCCCGGUACGGCGGGUUGGGGGAAUUCUCGAGGGGGAGGAUGUCCCUGUCGGGAGGCGACUAUAGAACCGUCGCAGAUUUAACUGUGUAAAUAUAAUACUCUUGUUGAAGGCUGUCACUUAUCAGCCUCUCUGUUUCCCUGCUAUUUAUAUCCUCCAGUGUCCAUUAUUGUCUCAAACAGGAGUAAUAACUUGUGGAAAGACAGGGGUGGAUUAAUAAUUAUAUUAUUUCUCGCCAUAGAACUGGGGUUUGGAAUGGGCAGUAUGUAUAUGCAUGUAGUGACUG